UGCCGCGGGGAGGGCGGCCCAAGGUCGGAGCGGGGGGUGGCGGGGCGAGGUUGGGUGCUGACCGCGGCCUGCUCUGCCCGCAGAUGGAGUACGACUGGCUGGGCUUCGGCUACGCGGCGCUGGUGGCGGCGGGCGGCGUUGUCGGUUAUGCCAAGGCAGGCAGCGUCCCUUCUCUAGCGGCUGGUCUUCUCUUCGGUGGUUUAGCAGGACUAGGUGCUUACCAGCAGUCCAAAGAUCCAAAGAAUGUGUGGCUUUCCCUCGUGGCCUCUGGGACUCUGUCUGCUGUUAUGGGAAUGAGAUUUUACAACUCCAGAAAAGCAAUGCCUGGGAUAAUUGCUGGUGCCAGUUUAUUGAUGGUUGGACGGCUUGGAUUGCAGAUCAUGGAAAAGCCUCUUAAGCCGUAAGUCUGCGUCCAGUCACUUGAAGAUACGCAACUGAGAAGCCUGAAAGUGCAACUGCCUAAACGCGCCACACAAAAGCAGAAAAGGUGCUGCUGUCUGUGCAUUGUAUUCUUCAUAUCCUAAUGCAUGUGGGUUGUGUCUUUAAAGGACCGAUGUGGAGAGCCCUUGCUAUGUCUUCCAAAACGGUAUUUGUCUUAACAAACAGGAAAACAUGAGUAUAGCAUUAGUUCAGCUUCUGGUCCUGCAACUUGCUGUGGGCAAAGGCCUCUUGGCAUUUGUGUACGGACAGUUGCAGGAUUGAGCUUAAAUAUACAUCUGGACUUGUCACUCUAAAAUCAUCUAUACCUCUAAAACAAGGGGAAAGGAGUUGCCAAUUUAUCACUAGUAAUUAAUACAACGAACACGCUUAUUACAUUACCUCUCCCUUUCCGCUUCCCUGCCAGUUUAUCCAGCCAGUAUGUUUGUCAGUCAGGGACUCUGUUCUCCCCGCACUGCGCAUUAGAACCUGGUGGUAGCACAAAACAUAAUCAGGGAGCAGGCUGUCAAGGUUCUGCUGCAAUGCAAUGAAUGCAAACCUGUUACUUGCAAUUACUUGUAAGCAAAAGUGCCCAGCUAAAUGUUAUUCAUUUCACUUUUACAGAUUAUUAUUCAUAAAUCAAAAAUAGGCUUUAUUAGAUAAUGCUGAAUUGUAGGCAUAGCUCUUGCAUUUCAUGAGAAUUAAAAUGUUAUUCUAAAUAAACCAACAAAUUAUUAUUACAAACUUUUGCAUUUUACAGAACUAUUUUUUUUUUAAUUGUUCAUCUGGAUUGAUACAUUUUGGUGCCUUUUCCGCAGGGUGUCUGGAUAUAUUUGCAAACAUGAAUUGUAUAAAUAAUCUCUAUUCUAUUCCCUGAAUCUAGUGAUUUGUAAAUCUAAAAAUCCCAUGAACUGGGGGGAGGUGUAGAGAACAAAAGCAUACACACCACAGAUUCAGACAAGUGUUAUAUUGAAGUAUUUUAUUUUUUCUGAGGGGAAUCAUCUGUUUUAGAUUUGAAAAAUGCUGUAUGAAAGUUUAUUUAAAGACUGAAGGGCUCAGUUGAUCAGUCUUUGUCCUCACUUGGUUCCCUUGAUGCCCCAAAUCAUUCUAAAUAUAAACCUGCCAUACAGAAAUAAUCCUGGGAGUUACAUGUGGAUUGUAACGUAUCCCUGUUCUGGUCUCAUUUAACUUACGUCCCUUUCUGCACAGAUCCUGAGCUUCGAUUUCUUCAAUCAUUCUUCUUUGGUGGCUGGUACUGGGAGAGAUGGAAGCAGAGGGAUUGAUCUGUUAGAUUGGUGAGACUCUGGAGCUGCCGAAAGUUCUCUAAAUAUCAGGCUAGUACCUUAGCAGGGGGGUGACAUCUUGUGAUCUUCCUUCCCUCCUUCCUUGUGGCACCAAAGUGACCCGGCACUGCCUGAGCAGGAGGCACAGAGCUAGCCGGGUGGCAGCAGCCAGGCUCUGCCAGCAGCGCUGUGCUGUGAGACUCACAGUGAUGAGGCAGCGCUGACAUCAAGCCAGGAUGCCAAGUCAAGCAGGUUGGGUUCCAGAUCAGCCCGGGCACAGUCACGGCACGGCUCUGGCAAGGGCCAGGGUCUCGGCAGCUCUGUCCUAGGCCACACAAUCUGGGUCAGAGCUGGCCUGAGCAGGGGCAGCGAGGGAAGUGCCUCAUCCCAGGCUGUGGCCCUGCGUUGGUGGGCAGGUAUCUGAAUGUCUUUGCUCUAGCUUGAAAAGGUUAGUAAGCCAGAUAUUUGCAUUUAAGAUACUUCUCUUUAAACUACCGUAUGGGUUAUUUGCCUCUUCAUGUUGCUUUUGAAGCAGUUGUCUUCUGUGGAAGAUGCAAACAUAGAUGCAUCUCCUGGGAUAAACUAAGACCAGCCGUGAUCCAGCAGUUUUCUAAUUAUAUAACGCUGGUCUCAAAUCAGGUAACUUGCAAAUUUGGGCUGCAAUUGUCCUUUAAUAGAAUAAAGACAAUGGAAAGCAGGGAAUCCCACUGAUAAGCCUUUAAACUCUUAGACCAAAGUGUUAAGCGUUGCUGCUGUUUCAUGAGCUUUGGAAAGCAGUAGCUUGAAUUGAGAACUGCUGGUAGAACUUGGUGUUUCCACUUUUCACGUUUAGGAGAAACAGUGGCAAUCCAGACAAAGGGAGGAGAGAAAAGCUUGAGCCUGAUGUACUUUUUAUCCCCUUGGAACUUUACCAGUGUAUAUUGCAUCCUGAGCAUCCAAUGCUCAAGAAAUUAAUUUCUGCACUAACAGUUCCAUAUGUAUUGAUGAAUCGGAGUUUUUUCUUGCUGUUUACAAGAAUAAUUUCUUAACAUUUGUCAUGCUUUGAUUAUGGACAAGUAAAGGCUGUUAUGGUUAUGUCAAA